UGGGUCAGUGCUGAGUUGUAUAGCCUACAGCUGGGGGCAUCGCAUUUCACAUCUGGAGAAAGCAGAUGUUGCACUUUCUGGGAGCUCGCGCUGCGUUUCCGCGCUGUCAUUGUUUCCGUUUCCACCUCCGAGAAGCCUCACGCCUCCACAUAUCUUUCUGUUUUGCCCUGAAUCUGGUACGUUACGUGUAGUUUGAGGAGUUAAUUUUUCUUUUCAACAAUGGGGGACAUCGAGGCUCCCAACGCGAACCAGCCGCGCCAGACUAUCUUACUCUCCAUUCUUCCCGGCAAAGAGUUCGCCUCUUCAAGGAAAGGAAUGCUGCUUAUUGCUGAAGUGGCUUUGUCCUUCGUAUCGUUUGUGUGUUUCGCUGCGUCUAAAGCAGCAGCCUUUGUGACAGUUCCCCUGCUGGAGUUCCUGGCUGCUCUCUUCUUGCUGUUUGCAUACUCCACCAACUUCAACGAGAGGUUUAAGGGCUUCCUCUGGCCUCUUAUGGAUUUCAUGAGAUGUGUGACGGCCUCCAUCAUCUUUUUUAUCAUUUCCAUUAUUGCAGUGUCCAAAUAUGCAGACGGUUCCUCCAAGGCAGCCGGGGUAUUCGGAUUCAUUGCCACCAUCGUAUUUGCUUUAGAUUUUUAUUUCAUUUUUAAUGAGCUGGCCAAUUUUCUAAAGCAAGGAGGGGAGUCCAACGACGAGCCAUCAAGACAGCAAGAUGAAUUUUCAGACUCUGAUUCGGACUGAGACCACACUGACCCUCACCAGCGGAUAUGUCAUACAAAAUAAUCCUAUGCAGAAGACAUGGCUGUAGCUGAACUGUCAUCUGCAUAGAUCCGCAAGUGUUUCAUUAUGCCACAAGGUUACGUUAAUACUGUAGAAAUCACAUUAAGGUCAUAUUGAUUAUUGGUUCAUUAAGUGCGUUCAUCUUCUAGAGCCAAACAGAGGGGGAACACAUCCUCUUCAGUUAUCCUUUUUGAAUAAAUGACUUCCGUUGGGCAUCCAAGUGUAGAGAGGUAUCUCACAGAUUUAUCAUGUCAACAAAUUCAGGAAACAAAAUCUUUAUGUUGUUUUUUAACCAAUAAACGUUCAUUACAAAUAGAAUGAUGUGAAAAUAAUACUAAAAAAACCCCCUAUUUUCAAUGCCCACCCUUAUAUCCAGUGUCUUUUUGGGAAAAAUGUAAAUUAAAUGAUCAACCUGACACUUAAACUAUUACGAAGCUGUGAAACUUGUUUGGUCUUGUUAUGCUGACUUUGUAGAAGCCGUAUCUACAUUUGGAAGCAUUUGUUUACUUCUGAAAGAAUAACUAAUAUUGACUUUUGGGGAAUGUGCCAUGACCCUAUCAACAGACAUAUUAAACUACAACACUAAAUUAACGCACUUGGUGAAUAAAUGCUCUGGAGUACUCAUAAUGAGGUUAUUAAAUGGAAGUCCUCUUAUUAAAAAAAAAAAAAAAAAAAAAGACAUGAGGCACAUAUAAGUAGGGCAUCAUCAUCUUCAUUUAUCAUUUCACAGUAGAACUAUAAAACACAUAUGUACAGUAUAUAGAAGAACAGAUUGGUUGCAGGUUGGCUGGUUACAACCUUUGCCUAACUGCCUUUAUGCUUACAGGAGUGUAUUUUUAUAACGUGAGGAUGAUGUUUACUUAUCGGCCUUUAAAUAUGACUUUUGUAUCAUCAUGUGGUUGCGCUCCGCUGCAUGAUAUCCAGACCUUUGCUGGUGGUUUAUAUGUCCCAAAAUGUUUGUUUGAGAAUUGUUGUGUGGAUUGAAGUUAUAGAAAUGAAGAUACGUUUCAAACUUAUUCAGUUAACCUAAAUAUUGAGCCACUGCCCUACUGUUCGUCUACUGUAUGUGCUUCUUCCAACCUGUGUGUCUGUGUGAAUAAUUGUGAAUUGAAGCCACGUGAUUCAGUAUUAUUUUCUUGAAUUCUAAAUGUCCUGUAUGUGAAUCAUUGCUUUUUUAUUUUUUUUAUUUUGGUUGUGCAUUCACUUUUUUUGUUUUCAAUUUCUCCACUACUGAGAAAUUAGAAGCACUAGAAAGCCACAGUGACUGUUUAUAAUGUAAUACACACUGCACUACCAAAGUGUUGCGAUGGUGUUGUAAAUUAAAAAUGGAAGACUGAAAAUUGGCACCUGUGGCUUCUAAUUUCCAUGUUGAAUUUCAACUUUUGUGUACCUAAAGGGUGUAAAAAUAUGAUGAAAAAAUACUUCCCAAAGUUGUGGCUAUGAUUAAACACUAUUGUGCCUUUAAUUGGCUAACUGUAAUAUUUUGUUACUUCAGUGGCUUCAAAACAGGCAUCACCAAAACAUCCCUUUUUCAUAAACUGAGGAAAAAGUUUUAAGCUUUGUGAUCAUAUGUUUUUCAAAUAGAUAUUUUUAAAUUUACUCCUAUCCUAAGAAGUAGAAGGCACUUCUCAAACUAUAAAGAAACGUUUAAUCCUUCAGUGUGAAAAAUUAAAAAUUAAUCUAAUGUGGAGAUACUGUACAAAGUUUUCACUGGACAGCAAUGACACUCAGUCACACCCCCUUUGAAACGCAUACACAAUAUGAAAAAUAAUCUUCCAGCCAGGAUCAAUUCAGCACCAUUUUAUAAUUGAGGCCUCUUGCUGAACUGUUGUAAAUUAAAUAUAGUUUGUUUUUUUACUGUUUUUCCCCUUUGUGCAACAGAUGUUUGAAUAAAAACUUGAUCUGUUUUCAA